AUGCUAAGGCACGAAUCUAGAUCUCGUGCACAGUCUCUUAGCGAAACUCCCGCGUUUCAAAACUACAUUCUAUAUUUUAACGACGCAACAAACGUUAGUCCCGAGAUUUAUCACUCUCAGUAUGGGAGUUUUCGUGCCUGGAUUGAUAAUUCAUUAGAUGCAUAUAAGUUAGAAUUGAGGGCACUUCUUUUCCCUGUGUUUGUGCAUGUUUAUUUGGAUCUUGUUGCCAAAGGCUUUCAAGCUGAAGCUGCACAUUUAAUGGAAACAUAUAAAUCCGAUCAUUUAGAGUUUCACUCUUCACAAAUCAACAAAAUCAGUGUGAUAACACAUCCUCACCAUGUACAAGAGAACGAAACUGCACAAAUUUUCAGAAAUAACAAAUAUAAUCUGCGUUUAUCCGAUACUGUGUUAGGAUUAUGCAUGAAUUAUCUGCAGGAAAACAAGUUCAAUGUUUUAUUGAGAAUUAUCAAUCAAUAUUUGAAUGUAAAAACAGAAACAGGUCAUCAAUUAAACACUUCAUUACCUGAACUCGAUCAAGCCAAUGGCAUCUCGGGACAUACAUUCGAUGAACUUGAGCAAUUCAAUAAGCAAAAGGUCUAUCUAGGCUCGAGGCCUAUGGAUUCCCAGUUACGAGAAGAGAUCGAAACAGUUCUAAAAGAAGAAGGAUCACCUCAGGCUAUUCAUUUUGUUGAUCCUAUGCCAAGCCCAUCUCUUUUACAAGAACAUAACCAGAGGAUAUCUAGGGAGCAGAGCUACGAAGGGUCUGAGAGAGGAGAUAUUCCUUUUCCACCACACGCUGACAAUGGGGCGUUCAGCAAAGGUGUUGACGUUCAAGCUGAAAUCGCUGCACUCAACGAUAUAAGAAACAGAAUCACGUUAGGUCCAACUUCCACGUUACCUUCUAUCUGUUUUUAUACUUUCCAUAACAGCUACGAUAGCCUAAAUUGUCUAUCAAUAUCCAAAGAUGCUUCUCUUAUAGCUGGGGGUUUUGCAGAGUCUUAUAUUAAGAUAUGGAGCCUAAAUGGUGAAAAAAUAAAAGGUCUCCGAAGUAAUAUCAAAGCUAAUUACGUAAAUGGGACGACAUUUGAUCUUGAGCGAUUUAGAGAAAAAGAAGGUAGUGAAUUUAAGCGACUAACUGGACAUUCUGGUCCCGUUUUUGGACUCAGUUUCAGUCCUGACAGGAGGUAUCUGGUAUCAUGCUCCGAGGACAAGACUGCUCGUCUUUGGAGCACGGAUACGUACACGAAUCUUGUUUGCUAUAAAGGACAUAAUUAUUCUAUUUGGGAUAUAGAUUUUUGCCCUUUGGGUUUUUAUUUUGCCACAGCUUCUCAUGAUCGAACGGCAAGGCUAUGGAGUUGCGAUCAAAUUUUCCAAUUACGAAUUUUCGCUGGUCAUUUAUCAGAUGUAGACACAGUGAAAUUUCAUCCCAAUGCGAGAUAUAUUUUCACUGGAUCGAGUGAUAGGACUGUUCGCAUGUGGGAUAUUCAAGAAGGUGAAACUGUGCGUGUAUUCUCUGGGCAUACUGGCACCAUUUAUAGCUUGGCCAUAUCUGAUGAUGGAAAACUAUUGGCUUCUGCAGGAGAGGACAAGACUAUCAAGAUAUGGGAUCUUGGGUCCGGUAAAUGCAUUAAAACAAUGAAAGGUCAUCAAAGAAUUAUCUACUCAUUGGACUUUAGCAAAGAGCGUAGUAUACUCGUGUCCGGGAGUGCGGACUCUACUGUUCGUGUAUGGGAUGUGAAUAAGGGGAUCACAACGGACAUAAAUGAUAAUCCUGAAACACUAAUAAGCAGAAUUAACAUGGAAGAUAGUUCUACAGUAAAUCCUGUCAAUGAACGAGCAAAGCAUGCUGAAGAAAAUUUACACAGCGAUGACCUCAUAUCAACCUUUCCAACAAAACGCACUCCAGUAUAUAAAGUAUUAUUUACGCCGCGAAAUUUAUGUCUAGGUGCUGGGGCUUUUGUCGCCGGCGAUCUUUGA